CAUAAUGGAGAGAGAAAGAGCGCAAAAAGCGCUCCAUCUCGACACGAAAUUUUUUCUGGUUUCCAUGGAAACUUUAGGAAAUACCAGAGGGUAUCAGAUUGGAAUCAAGGAAGCGCAGAGGUUUUAGUUCAUGGAUUCACUUUUCUCAGGAUUCAGCUUUUUUGGUGGUGGAUGUGAUGAAGGAAGCAAUGGAUUAUCACUAUGAGAAAUUGAGGUGGCCAAGAAGAGAAGGAGAAGCUUCAUAUGUUUGUUAGGUUAAAGAGAAUGAUGCAGGUAGAUACUUAAGAAUCUAUAGAGUCAUAAGGGGUGAUGCUGAGAGAUCUUACGCUCUUUGCAUUCCAUGUGGAGAUGGAUGUUAUUACUGGUUAGUUCUUUGUAAGGAGAUUAUGAAGGUGAUGAGUGAAAACAACAUGGUCGGAAGAUUUUCUCAGGUUCCACCAGUUCAUUCAGAUUUUCAACAGUCUCUGCCAAGCAAAGAUGUUAGGAAUAUGAAUUAUAGGGGGUGAUAAAAAUACAAGGGUUUGUAAGGUGGCAUAGGAUUGCAAGGAAGUCCUGAAACAGAUGCAGUGGGAUUCUUUUUUAGACUUGGAAAUCAUAGAUGAGCAAUCGCCUUAUAUUUAUUUGAUGAAAGACUACUGGCUUGAUCUUUGGAGGCCAAAAAAACUUAUCAUUGAUGAUCAGUGAUAGCAUUAUCCCAGGCUCGUCAUGAGACCGAGGAGGUGGAGAUUAUCAAAGUUAAGAAGGUUAUGAAAAAUAAGGAUAAUCCUGAUCAGGUUAUAAUUCCAAUCCAAGCUAUGGCGCGAUUUCAAAAAUGGUUGAAGAUAAGGGGUAUUCCUCAUGGAUGCUAGAGUUAUAAACUGUUUAGAUCCAUUGGAGAAUCGUUGGGCGGUUUCAUGGAGAUUGCAGACAGCACACUGAGAAAAUAAAAUUUGAUUUUUUUUUUUCAGAAUUUCAGUCAAACGAGAUUUUUUCUUUAAUUCAGGCGGUUCUUGUGGUGGAAAACGGAGACCAAAAGUGGGUAAUUUCAAUUGAAUGGGAUUACAAGUUUAAUCCUAAAAAUAAGGCUUCUAUGGAGGAAUUUAACAGAUUGCUAACUGAGUUUGAAAAGAAACAAAAUUUUCCGCAUUCAAAGUUAGAUACUCCCGCUUAUUCUGGUUCUAAAUUGGUUCGAGUUGCAGAAUCGGUAUUUAAUGAUCUGAGUCAAAAAUCUCGAGUGGAUGAGUCGAGACAUGUCUUGAUUUACAUGCCAAAAAAUACUGUGGCAAACUCGAUGGUUCAGAAUGGUCCAAUUUCAGAUGAGGAUGUUCUCGUGGUGGAGCAUGGUUCAUUUGACUCUCGAAGUUUAAAUAAAUUGGGUGGGGGAGAAUCUACUCAAGCUGUUGAGAAGGAUGUUUCUAUUUUUGAGAAUGUAGCAUAUGUAGGUGUUGUUCCCUCUUCUCAGAGUAGAGACAUGGUGCACUCUGUCAAUAAAUUCCAACCUCUUGCUGAUGGUGGAUGUGAAGAUGAACUUCCCACAUCAUCAAGAUUGGAGUUUAUAGAUAGUGUGUUGGCUGCUGAAGUUAAUGGUUCACAAAAUGUGGUUGGAAGUGCAGAUGGGGAUCCCAAGGCAUUUUAGUAACCAUUUGAUUUCAGUAAGUCGGGAUUUUUCUUUACCUAAUAAUGGCAGAAGGGAAGGAGCAGUUCCUGCUAUUGGGGUAGAGAUUUCCUAUAAUGAGCAGGCUGACAGAAGGUUUAGUUCCUCGGGAUUCCCUGACGACCUUCAGAUAAUGUUGCGAGAUAGUAUGUUGCAGGACACUAACAUAGACUCAAAUGAGAUAUUUUCUCGACCUCGAAGUUGGUGUUUGAGCUGUGUAGUCGGCUGGGUGGCAUUACUGAGAAAGAUGAAAAGCAGGCCAAGGAUGUAAUUGAAGAUAUUCUCUUUAUAUAUAGAGUCAGAUACAAGGCAUUAGCAGAUGUCAGGAAUGUAGAAGAUAGCUGCGAUACUUCAAACUCAAUUGCUUCAAAAGAAAGGGAGGAGGAAAUUGAAGAAGUAACAUCAAGGGAUCAGGUGGCUGUUAAUGGGGUCUAAAAUCAUCAAUUGGAACAUAAGGGGACUAAAUGCUUAUGGUAAGAAAAUUGCAGUCAGAGAUUUGAUCGCUUUGCAUAAAUGUAUUGCUUGUACAAUCCAGGAAACUAAGAUGGCUAACUUCUCUAGUUUCUUUCUUAGACAAUUUUGGUUUGACUCAGAGUUUGCAUGGGAGUUUCUGCCAUCUCAAGGAAGUGCAGGAAAUAGUGGAGGGAUGUUAACUAUGUGGGAUGAUUCCGUGUUGGAUCUUUUGGAUAAAAGAUUGGUCUUUAAUUCUAUUUCUUGUCUUUUCCAGUUUAGAGGAAAUGGU